AGGGCCAACUACAGAGAUUCCAGGUAUACCCGAGGAAGGCAUGGAAGAAAUACAAGAGGAAGAAGAGGAGACUGUUACCAUGGAAAUGUCUGAACAGGAGUUUGUUUUCAGAGACUUUGUUGUCAAGUUUGCCAAGCCGGAGAUAUUGAAGGCAUAUGUCUUACUGACAGCAGACUUUCAGAAGAAUUCUACACACACAAAUCAUUGCUGUAUAAAGAUGUUGCACCGUGUUGCCUUCGACCUCGGCUAUAUUGGAAUGCUGUUUCAAAUUUCUCUGUUCCGAGUUUUCCAGAAGAUUAUGCUUACCCCACUUGCAAAGGCCCAGAGAUACAAGGAAAUAAGUAAAUUUGCAGCAUACAUAGUGCGAAGGUUUGUCGAGGUAGCGGAGAACAACAAGAAAGUUUUCAUGGAACUGCUGUUUUGGAAAACUAGUAAAGAUUCUAUUGAACUGGUGGAAGGAUACGGCUCAUACCAGAGUAAAGGUAAAGUGUUAUGGACGGAAGAUGCUGAAAUGGAAGUCCGCAGAUUGUUUGAGGAUUACAGGGAAAAUGAAGAAGAGGACAAGGACACAGUAGAUUGUAUCAUGGAGAGAAUCACUGACCCCUCUAAAACAAGGGGUCAGAUCAUCAGGGAACUCAAACGGCAGGAACUUAUAGAAAGUGCAAAGGAUUUGAAGAAACCAAAAAGUGGAACACGGGCUGGGCCUUGGAGAGAAGAGGAUGAGCUUGAACUACGAGAAUUGUUUGACAGAUUUAAAGAUUCUGAUGACCCAGUUGGUGCCAUUAUACCAGAGAUGUGUAAGAAACGAAGUCGUCCAAAGAUAAUGGAGAAACUUUUGAGUAUGGGGCUUGUAUCUGACCGGAAGGAGUUGUACAAGAAAAGGGGCAAAUCAGGGGCCAGGUCCCGCAGCAGACGGAACAUGUCUGACAAUGAAAGUGGAGAUGAAGGUCUACGGGAAUUACCAUCAGACUAUGAGGAUGAUUUAGGUCGCAGAUCUCGAGACAGUAGUGAUGUGAGCAGUGUAGGUAGCAGUAGUUCCGACUCUGACAGCGGUGAUGACGGAGGUGAAGAUGCCGUCAGUACCAGUAAUAGAUCAGCUGAGUCAGCAGAAAAUAUGUCUGAUAUAAUCAAAGCCCUGGUUGAUAAAGGUUAUAAGGACCAAUUAGCUUGGAUACAAAGGGGACUGAAUCGUACAGCUGGUGAUAGAGAAGAAGAAGACGAAGAUGUAGGUGUGCCUAUUGUACCACUGACUGAGGAGAAUGAGACGGCCAUGGAGGACGAGGUGUUCCUGUCAUUUCUUUCUAAAAUUGGAAUGGCUGCUCCAGCAAAUGAACAGGAAGCGUUUUGGAGGAUUCCAGCCGGUUUAAGUCCCGCAGAGCUCCGUAAUAUUGCUUCUGGUUUGACGUUAGAUGAAAAUGACGAACCUGUCAAUGCAGACAGAAUUAAAAUCAAGAAAGUGGAAAUGAAAAAGAAGCAAAAGAAAAUAAAGAAGAGAAAGGAACCCAAACAGAAGAAAAAUGCCAGCAAGUUUGCUGCAUUGAAAGAAUUAGUAAAAAAGAAAGCUGAAGCAAAGAAAACAAAAAGGGUCAGAAAGAAGCAUGAUUCAGGGGAGACUGGUUCACAAAAUGAAGGAAUAAAGUCACCUGUGAGAGAAAGUAAUGCUGAGAACCAGACUAGAAAUUCUUCAAGUAAAAAGAAGAGAGUGAAACAGAUGGCAGACUCCGACAGUGACAGUGAAGAAGAUAUUCCACUUACCAGUCUGAGAUCAGAGCACCAGUCUGCAGGCACAGGAACUCAGUCUGAUGGCGAAGCUGGGACACAGUCACCAGAAAGAAGCAAGUCUAGUUCCCAGUUGUCCCAUUCUUCCCAGAAGAAAAGGAGAUUGAAAAAGGUGGUGUCAUCAGAUAGUGAUAGUGAUGAUGACAUACCACUGAAGAAUUUGGCAACAGAGACACAGUCUGACUCUGACAAGGAGAACCAGUCACAGGAUUCCCAGAGUCAGCCAUUGUUGUUCUUGUCCAGUAGUGACGAAAGUGAUCAGGAAAAUGGUGCUACAAAAAGUCAAGAUACUCCUCCCAGUAAGGCAGCAAGCCAGUCCAGCAAGAGGUCAAGGUCAAGUGAUUCUGAGACCGAGGUCAGCCAGGGUCAAGUCAAGAAGAAGGCAAGACUUGUUGACAGUGAAAGCGAGGAUGACCAGCCUUUAUCUUCAGUUGCUGAAGGAACAUUCCCAGCUACUCUAUACACACAGGGGCCUGAGUCAGACUCGGAUCUAGAUGAUCAUGUACCACUGAGAAAAGUUAUACAGAAAAAGAACAUGAUUGAAAGUGAUGAUGAAGAUUGAAAUACUGACUUCAGAAAGAAUUGGAAAUUCUCUGCCUGUUAAAACAGUAAAAACUGAGAAUUUGACAGUGAAAUAUUAAACUAUUUUGCAUUUAAUGUAUUUUACUGUAUUUCAGCUGGGAAAUAGGAACAACACAGCCACAAAAAAAUCUGGUGCUUGAUUUUCGAGUUUGGUUUUACAUGUGGAACACAUAUUAUUAAAAAAAAUAUAUCUGUAAAGUGAUUUUAACUAAAUAUUACCCAUUUAAUUAGUGAAAGGUCAGAAUCAGCACUUAUGAUAUUACCAUGUUUGUUUGAAAUGUGUAUAUGUAUAUUGCCUAGACAAGAAAGUAAGGAGCUGAUAAUCAGCAGUUGAAGUUCUUGUGUUCACUCAGUAAUAGCAUUGAAUGUGUAUUGUAGCAAAGUGCUCAAAAAGAAACUAGAAACAAGAAACUUUGCAGAAAUGUUUUGAGUUUGGUUUUGCUCUCUCCUUAUAACAGCUGACUAAUGGCCCCUGAUUUAGUAAUUUUAAAAAAAAAAUCUUACACCGGUUAAAAAAGUAAUUGGCCAAGACACGGACAUUUUGCUGGAAUAAUGUCAGAAUGUGAACCUAUGUACCAUGGAUUUAAGACAAGAUCAUUAUUACUGUAUGGAAAAAAGUUACCAAUAACCUUAGGCUCCAUGUGUUUUACAAACAGUUGAUGCUGAUUUUUUAUGCCCCCGGCAUCUACUGUUGCGGGAGGCAUAUAGUGAUUGUCCUGUCCGUCUGUACGAGGUUAACCAAAUGGGACACGUUUCGUCUAUCAUCAAUACCCCUAACUACAAUGACUUGAUACUAAUGCAGAUGUAUCCUGUGACCAUUCCUCAUCUUCAGACAUCACCUGACCUCAGUUUGACCUUGACCUUGAACUUGACCUCAUUUUGGACUUGGGCUGCUUUGUAUCGACAAGGAUGCCACCGGGGGCAUCAAGCGUUUAUUGAACGCAGCUUCUUGUUUCAUCUGUGACAACUGAUGUCCAAAAAAUGAUCUACCAGUACAUGUUCACAAAGUAAAAACUGCGAGAUAUUGCAUCUUUAGCUCGACUUAUCGAAGAAUUAGUCCGAGCUAUUCUAUUCACUCUGGCAUUGGCGUCAGCAUCACACAUUGGUUAAAGUUUUUCUUUUUCUAGGUCAAUAACCAACCUCACUGGGUCAAGUCCCGUAACUCUGGGCAAAUCCUGGUUAUAGUUUUGCGUGGAACUUAUUAUCUCAAAAACUAAUGAAAAUAUGGAAUUAAAACUUUACACAUUUCUUUAGGUUUAUAAAACUAGGUCAUAGUAUAAAGUCCCAUAACUAUGACAUGUAUUUUGAAAAAUUAUGUCCCCUUUUUGACUUAAAAACUUCCGAUUAAAAUUUUGCAUGUAAGUUGCUAUAUCCAAAACUAAUGCAGGUACUGGAUUGAAACUCUAUAGAUAUUUUAACAUUUAGGGUAAUGUUCCUGUUUCUGGGACAACAAUUUGAAUGGUCCAGCAUUGGCCGUCUUACAGACAGCUCUUGUUACUAAAGAAAUAAGAUGAACAAUGUUAUAUUAAUAUCCCUUGUAAUACACAUGAAAUGUAUAUAAAGAAACUUUUUUACAAAAGUGAAAUACAAGGGUAUAAACCUAUGUAGAGGUACUUGCCUCAGUUUACAACCAAAUCUUUUGAGCAUAGUUCUACUGUGCUGAAAUUCAUAAAAGUGCUCGUCAAUUACUGUUGCCUUGUGUUUCCUGUGCUUGAAAGUAGCUCUGUGUUCAGCAGUUACACUGUUGUAUGUGGACUGUUUAUUCAAUAUUUAUUUUGUAUGUUCACCAAAUGUGUUGUUUUUUUCAUAUUUGUGAUACUAUACAGUUGUCAAAAUAAAUGUAGAUUAUCUUA